GGUACCGGUUCAAUAACGGUACCUUCUACCAUUUACCAUUUGCUCACCAUACAAAGUUAUCAACCGAUAUAAACGCGGCAUCAAAUGAAAGUUGGUCAACCCAAGUGAUGGUUGAGUUUUCAGUUUCAUCGUCAACAAUGAAGCUGUACUCCCACCCGAUGAGCUCUUGCGCUCGUCGUGUUCGUCUCGCUCUUAACUUAAAAGGACUGGAAUAUGAAUGCAUAAAUCUUACUCCACUCGAAGAUCCUGAACUUUCAAAGAUCAAUCCUAUGGGUUAUGUACCUGCUCUGGUGGAUGGCACUACUGUAGUUUCAGAUACGUACGCCAUCUUAUUAUAUCUUGAAGAGAAAUAUCCCCAACAUGCUUUGUUGCCUCAAGAUCUUAUGAAAAAGUCAAUAAAUUACCAGGUUGCAAGUAUAGUUUCUUCCAGCAUUCAGCCUCUUCAGAACACGAAUAUAGUUAAUUAUAUCGGGGAAAUUGUUGGUCCUGAUGAGAAGAUACCUUGGGCUCAGUUUCAUAUCAGGAAGGGGUUUGUAGCUCUCGAGAAGCUAUUAGUGAACUAUGCUGCAAGCUAUGCUACCGGCGAUGAAAUUUACCUGGCCGACAUUUAUCUUGCACCCCAAAUUUAUAAUGCAAUCUACGUUUACAAUCUUGAUAUGAGCGAGUUCCCGAUCCUACUUAAACUGAACAAGACUUACGAGGAAACACCAUCUUUCCAACAGAUUAUGGUUGAAACUUGAAAGUUGAAACACUGCAACAAACAGGUUAUGUUAAGUAGUUGAUACAUUAAAUCAUUGAUAUAUGUUAUACUUUCCUUCUGGGGAUUGCUCAACACUUUUUGUUCAUUUUCACAUUACUUUUAAAGAACUGAUGUUUUGAUUA